UUUCCUCUCUUUCCCCUAGAGGGAUCCUACACUUUCCACACCAAAGAAAAAAAAAACAAUGGCAGCAAAGGGUGAACCAGUAUCAUACUAUUCACCCUUGCCAUCAAAUCCUAAUCACCACCACCAAUCCCAUCAAGAUGAAGAUCAAUACUAUAUCGUACUCCCUCUCCGAAACCCAAACCGUAAUCGUUUCUGCAAAUCUCUCCGGCAAAACAUUCUCUGUUUCAUCUCUGUAUUGUUACUCGCUUUGACUUUCUAUUGUCUCUACCCAUCUGAUCCUAUACUCAAAGUUGAACGUGUGAGUCUAAGUCAUUUCAAAAUCCAUAAAAACCCAACGAUUUCACUUGAUGUUGUUAUGGAUUUGACUGUUAAAGUUUACAAUAGAGAUGUGUAUUCUCUUGAUUAUGAUUCUCUUAUUGUUUCAAUUGGUUAUCAUGGGAAGAAAUUAGGGUUCGUUAGUUCAGAUGAAGGACAUUUGAGGCCAAGAAGUUCUUCUUAUGUUCAAGCUCAAUUGAGACUAGAUGGGAUUGAGAUUUUACAUGAUGUGUUUUAUUUGAUUGACGAUUUGGCUAAAGGUUAUAUCCCUUUUGAUACUGUUACUGAGAUUCAAGGGAGACUUGGGCUUUUCUUCUUUCAAGUUCCGAUUAAGGGGAAAAUGUCUUGUGAGGUAAAUGUGAGUACCAGCAAUCAAACAGUCGUCCGUCAAAACUGUUAUCCUGAGUGAUUAGAACACCUGUUGGAAACCGAGGAAUCAAUGAUAACGUGGGCAACAUGGGAUAAAUACAAACCUGAUCUGAUCGACCUUAUCUUCUUCAUUGUAUAUACCUAUGCAUGUGUAUAUGCCUGUUAAUGAAUGUAAAUCUACUAUUCCCUGAUAACACUUUGAGAGUGUUUCUGAUCAGAACUCCCUUAUUUGAAAUAAUUUUAGCAUAUGUACAUCAUGUUUCAUCUUUUCUUCCAGA